AUGCUGCGGUGGGGGCUCCGGGUUGUGAGCUGCGGCUUCUCCGUCCCGGGGAGCGCGGCGUGCGCCGGGCCGCGGCAGCGCAGCGUGGGUACUGCCGGGCCCUGCCCUGCCCGCUCCGGGGCCGGGUCAGGCCAGGCGGGGCCAUCGCCGCUCGCCCUGCCGGCCUUCCCAGCCGGGCCGCCCGGUGUCCGGGCAGCGCAGGCCCUGCCUGCCUCCUCCAGGGAGUGGUGUCACGGCCCAGGGGGUAACAGGGGUGCUCGCCCUUCCUGCCUCAGACUUGUUCGUGUGCUGUCGCUUUCUGCCCGAGUUUCGUGCCGUUCAUGCUCGUCCCAUCUGCGGUUGUUUCCCCUGCAGGUUCUUACAAUGGCUGAGGAUUUGAUAGCAGCGGUUGCCAGCCAGACAAAGAGACUCAACAGCAGCAGCGAGGUGGUUCAAAGGCUGGAAGAAAACGGGCAUCCGAACAAAAAGUUGAAGAGUGACGCGGAUGAGGAAGAUGCAGAGGAUCAGAAUAAGAAGUUACCCAAAAGGAAGAUUGUGCUGUUGAUGGCAUAUUCAGGGAAAGGCUACCAUGGCAUGCAAAGAAACGUGGGAUCUUCACAGUUCAAGACCAUAGAAGAUGACCUAGUCUGUGCCCUUGUUCAGUCAGGAUGCAUCCCAGAGAACCACGGGGAGGACAUGAAGAAGAUGUCUUUCCAGCGCUGUGCUCGGACAGAUAAGGGUGUGUCUGCAGCUGGACAGAUUGUGUCACUGAAGGUCAGGCUAAUAGAUGACAUUUUAGAAAAGAUCAAUAAUCAUCUUCCUUCUCACAUCAGAAUUCUGGGCCUGAAGAGAGUCACUGGGGGAUUCAACUCCAAGAACAAAUGUGAUGCCAGAACCUACUCUUACAUGCUGCCCACGUUUGCCUUUGCCCAUAAGGACCAUGAAGUGCAGGAGGAGCUUUAUAGGCUGGACAGAGAGACCCUUGAAAGGGUCAAUCAGCUGCUGGCCUGCUACAAAGGGACACACAACUUCCACAACUUCACAUCACAGAAGGGCCCCAGGGACCCCAGUGCCAAGAGGUACAUCAUGGAGAUGUACUGUGGAGAGCCCUUUGUCAGGGAAAACAUGGAAUUUGCAGUGAUCCAAGUGAAAGGUCAGAGUUUCAUGAUGCACCAGAUCAGGAAGAUGAUUGGGCUGGUGAUAGCAAUUGUGAAGGGUUAUGCUGCUGAGUCCAUCAUGGAGCGCAGCUGGGGAGAGGAGAAGGUCGAUGUCCCCAAAGCCCCAGGACUUGGGCUGGUUUUGGAGAAAGUGCACUUUGAAAAAUACAACAGGCGUUUUGGGAAUGAUGGGCUGCAUGAGCCACUGGAGUGGACAGAGGAGGAGGAGAAGAUUGCUGUUUUCAAGGAGCAGUACAUCUAUCCUACCAUUAUCAACACUGAAAGGGAGGAGAAAUCCAUGGCAAGCUGGCUAAAAACCCUCCCCAUUCAUGACUUCAACUCCUCUGCUGUUGAGGUGCAAACUAACAACAAAAAUCCAAAGAAGAGCAGCGAUGCCGAGGGCAGCGAUGGUUGUGGUGAUGACUCUGACUGAGCCAGCAGCUGGCUGCACCUGAGGCCCUUGCUGCUUGCAGUUCCCUUUGUCUACAGAAAAGUGGCCUUUCCAAAUCCAAGAAUCCAGUGAAACAGGAGUUGGUGUGCUUGCAGAAUGAGAACUGGAUGCCCAGGAGAAACUGGCUGGGGAAGACAAUGCAGCAGAAAAACCAGAAGCUUUUUAUACCACUGACUGAUUCACCUGACUGAUAUACUUGAAAACAGUGUACUGGGAAAGCAACUUUCUAAAAAUAAUCUUGAAAUGCAGGAUAUCUUAAUUGCUAUUUCAAUAAUGUUUUUAUUAUGUUUACCUGGAAAAUAGUAUUUUAAAUAUGUAUAAUCUCUACGUAAAGAUGGGGCAAAUCAUUUUAAUAUACUCUUUUUUACUAUGAA